AGUUAAAAUGAACCAUCUGUGAUCAGCUUCAACUUCCAUAUGGAUUCAAUCUUGAAACAACUUCCCCUUCAAUCUGAGAUACUCCUUCUCCUUCUAUGCUAUGCACUCUUUGUUCCACUUGUAAAACCCAAUUCAGAUUUGAACACAGUAGUUUACAGAAACUGCUCAACCCAUACACUCACAAGCAAAUCAACAAAUAUUGAACCUUCACAGACCCUGUCUUCGCUUUUCCAAGAACUUAUUUCUCAAUCAUCCCACUCCAAGUUCUACAAAACCACCUCCACCGGAAUCUCAGGUCUCUUUCAAUGCAGAGGGGACUUAACUCCCGGAGACUGCCAUAGGUGCGUAAACACCCUACCUGACAUUAUGUCGAACAUCUUGUGUGUCUCAGCUAGAGUCCAACUCAACGGAUGCUACUUCCUCUACGCGCCAGACGACGCCACCCAUAACGACCAAGACCACAAUGCUUUGCUUUACAAAUCUUGUAGCAAAGAAAAGGAGGCGACUGAUGAGUUUCUGGAGGCAAAAGAUUCGGCUUUUGCAGAGAUGGUAAGUGGAGUGGUGGAUAGCGGAAAUGGGUUUUUCACGGCGAGGCAUGAUUCACUGGAAUUGAUGGCACAGUGCGAAGGAGAUUUUGGUCCUUCUGAUUGCGGUAAGUGCGUGAGCAUUGCUGUUCAGAUUGCUCAAGAAGAGUGCAGAACCUCACUUUCAGGCCAAGUUUACCUUGACAGAUGUUAUGUGAGCUAUGACUACUUUCCUAAUGCAGAUGGAGAUUCACACAAAGAGAAACAGAGUGGAAACAAUGAGACAGGGAAGAAGUUGGCAAUUGUUUUAGGAGGAGUAGCAGCACUAUCUUUUGGGCUAAUCUUUCUGAGCUUCUUGAGAAGGAAGGAAGAAGAUGGAUGAUUGUGAAAUGGUUUCUGACAGAAGAAACUGCUGGUGGGUAAAAUUGGUGGGAAACAGGUUGCCUACAAAGAAGAAAAAUAAAGGAAUUUAUAAUUCAGUGGGUUGGGCUUGGGUUUGUUUUCAGAGCUAGCCCAAGCUCGAUGUAGCGGGGCCAAGCCCAAGCAGAAAAGAAUAGUUGGAUGUUAUCAAUGUAUAAAACUCAUGACCACUGGCAAGUUAAGCCCAGCCCAUCCAAAAAGGCCUCAGAACGUCUAUUGAUAUUUAUCACUCUGAUUUGCUUUCUUAUUAUGAGCAAGCAUAUUAA